UAAGCUUUGCCCCGUGAAGUUAGCUCCAGAACAUUUUAUCAGAAGUUAGUUUGUGUUACUAGCUGCUCCUUCACUCACUCAUCAUUUAAGCUACAGUAACACCGUUUUUUUGUGUGUCUCUUUUGGACUUAUCGGCAGGCGGCCUUGGCUAUGGAGGUAGGCCGGGUGAUUGUGUGUGCCCUGGCCGUGUUUGUCGCUCUGUUCUCGGAGAGGUUUGUGGUGCUGGCUUCCUUCUCUCAGUCUAUGGACAGCGACUUCACUUUUACUCUACCCGCCGGUCGCAAAGAGUGUUUUUUCCAGACUAUGAAGAAAGAUGCUUCACUGGAGAUUGAAUAUCAGGUUUUAGAUGGAGCUGGUCUUGAUGUAGAUUUCUUAAUCUCCUCUCCUUCUGGUCAAGUGCUGUUCAGUGAUUACCACAAGUCUGAUGGUGUACACACUGUUGAGACUGUGGAUGGAGACUACAUGUUCUGCUUUGACAACACGUUCAGCACUGUCUCCGAGAAGCUCAUCUUCUUUGAGUUGAUCCUGGACAACAUGGAAAUAGAAGAAGAACAAGACGACUGGAAAGAGUACGUCCAGGGAACAGACAUACUGGACAUGAAGCUGGAAGACAUUAUGGACACCAUCAACAACGUGAAGGCUCGGCUGGGCAAGAGUGUGCACAUCCAGACGGUGCUGCGGGCAUUCGAGGCUCGCGACAGAAACAUCCAGGAGAGUAACUUUGACAGGGUUAACUUCUGGUCCAUUACAAACAUGGUUGUUAUGAUGGUGAUAUCGGGGAUUCAGGUCUACCUUGUCCGCUCACUGUUUGAAGACAAAAGAAAAGUGCGCACAUAACACCACCCUGAACAGCAAGACAGAGAGAGAAGCUAACGCCCUCGGAACCUUUUUGGGGAUUUUUUUUCAACUGGUUUGCUACUUUUAACACAAGAUGUCACCCACACAUACACAAACAGACAUUUUUGUCUUAUUAAUAACAGAGGGUUGUAUCUCUGGUCCACUGGAGUUUGGUGGCCAGUGGCCCUGGUUUGGAACAGGAACUUUUAACUAUCGACCACUCCACUUUGCAAACUCAUCCAUGCUACAGAAAAGGUCUCGUUGUCUCUCUCUUUUAAACUUGUAUAUUGUUUUAUAGUCUUCCCUAGUGGCUGUCAUUCUUGCAAAAAGUGGAAAGCACAGCAUAACAAGCACGUUUAUGAUAUAAAUAUUUUUCUUACAGAGCCUAGUUACAAGACCAGUGGCCAAAUGCAAAAAAUGUCCUCUCUUCUUCUGACAUGUUUUUAUACAAGAUAGACUAGAUGAAGAAAUGACAUAGUACCUGAAGCAGUGGGAAGUUCAAUCAGUUAGUCAGCAAGUCUUCCCCAGACAGAUGUUAUUUUAUAAAUAUACCUGUUGUGCGUUACAGAGAAGCCUCAGUUGUUUGUGAUUUUCCACGAGGAGUGUUUCCCCCAUUGCCUUGAACAUUUCUGUUAUAUCUAGAAAUUCAGACACACUUUCCCUUUCAUGCCAAUACUGAAAAGUCAGGCAUUUACUCUUUAGCACUCAAGGGGCCAAAUCUCUUGUAAGACUUCUGCCAUUCUCUCAUUUGCCAUGACUUGUGGAUUUGAUGGCAGCUAGCGCCACUCCUCCGCUGUGAAGCCUCAGUGCUGCUGGCAGGUGUUUGCUUUCAGUCACCUACUGUGUGGAGAUGUCGAGCCUGCCUGUUUCUAUGGUGACUAAAGUCUAUUUAAAUCUUCCCGACACCUGGAAUGUCAUUACCACUACUUCAUCUGUGCACUGCUCUGUUUAUUAUGCACGGGCCACUUACUGCCUUGGCUACGUCAGCAUUCUUUUAAAAAUGUUUCUGUGAAUUAUUUUGGAUAUAUACAUUUUAUUAGCCAUCAUUACAAGCUAUCUGAUCAUUGCACUGCCUCUGAUGCCACAGAACAAGUUGUGUUUUUGUCUUCAUAUUCUUAAGAGCAUAAUUUGUGGGCCCCAAAGUGUUCUUUUUACGAUGACGGGGGCCAAUCAGAAACUGGUCCACUGAUGUGUGAGUGAAGGAAGCAGCUCUAGAUCUUUUUCUGUCAUUGGUUACGAGAAUUAUGAAGUAUUAAGACACUGCUGUGACUUGUCAUAAUGGUUGCUCAGAGAAUUAGUUUUAUUGUUCAUUUCUGAGCUUCACAGGCGAAACUUGGUAACCCACUACCCUCCUGGAAGCUUCAUGUUGCCAUCUUCUGAUUUAACCUAAAGCUGUAAGAUGAAGAACACAUAGUGAGUUCAUGCCUUCAUACUUUAAACAGCCUUAAGUUGAAAAUAAGUCAGUUUUUAAAAUAUUUUUUGCCAUACAUUAGGUUCAUGUCGUUUCUCCCUGCAAUAACAAAUGUGAUGCUUUUGAGUGUAAGAAAACAAUCAUCCUCUGCCUUUGUUUUGUUUGAGAAAACAAUCAUCCUCUGCCUUUUGUUUGUAGUUUUUAAUUUAAAAGUAUGUAGUGUUGGAUUUUAAUGUGCUUCAGAGUUCUACAAAAAUAAAGAAAACAAAUAUUUCUAUGUCACAGAGUGGAAGAUUGUCAAAGUUACUGGGUCAACUUUAGAACUGAAAAGUAUUUUUAACUAUCCCGAAGGAGAGGUGGAUUAGCAGGGAAUCUGAUAUUUAAAACAUAUUUAUUCAACUGAUCCUGUAGUUGUAAAUGUGUAACAAUAAACAAAUAAAACAGUCA